CCGAUAAAAAAAUUCGAAUGACUUAUGACAGACGUCACUUGAAUGUCAUUCAUAACCUUAGUUGAUUUUUAUAUUUCGUUCUAGAUUAAAUAUAAAAUAAUGUAAAUAACGAUGUUAAAAAUUCGCGAGGUUUUGUUAAUUUGUAGCCCGAUUCUUCUGUUUACUAAUAUCGCAGCGGUUUGCGUGAGCGAAAAUCCUUGUUUUUGCCAACUGAACGAUAAUCAGAAAAUAAACAUAUCAACAAUUCUCGAAGACGGACAAUAUCUAAACGAUACACAAGGAAACAUAACUUACACUUAUUCGGGAUGCCAUAACAUCAAAUACCCUAAUAACUUACUAGAAGCAGGUGUUCUCUUCAGAAGUGUCUACUACGAAGUAAAAACGAACAAUACAACUUCUAUAAAUGUGAAUCACACGGUUUUGGGCAAAGCGGAGAGCAUCAAAUUCGCCACAACUGACAACAAUUAUUUGAUAACCUUUCUAAAUGAAACAGAUAAAAAAGCCAUCACCGCUACAAUACAGUUACUUUGUGAUAAUGUUAAACAACCGUUUCUGAAAAUUCUAAAUGAUAAUAACAAAGAAUUACUAUUGUCAUCUCCUAAAGUUUGUAUAAUAACGGAAUAUCAUGGAAUGAAUGGAGGAUCGGUAUUUUUAUUAAUCUUGUUCAUUGUUGCUUCUGUAUAUCUUAUCGGUGGGGCCUUGGUGUUAUAUUUCAUUAGGGGCGCUCGAGGUGCUGAAGUAAUUCCUAAUGUGGAGUUCUGGAAGAAUUUACCAGGUCUCGUUAAGGAUGGAAUUAUAUUUUUACUGUCGGGUUGCAGGCCGAAUUUCGUAACAACAGCGGAAACUUACGAUAGAAUUUAAUUGUUUUUAGCUUUACUUGUGACUCUGACUGAAUUUGUUUGUUUUUUUUUUUAUAAUUUAAAUGAAGGAUGAAGGUUGAUAUUGAUUGUUUUUGUUAUGUAAAUAUCCGUUUUCUAAAUCAAAUUGGUAUAUAAAUACUGUAUUUUCUGACUUUUCUAAGAAGAUUUUUUUCCUGAGUUUGUAAUUUUAGAAUCUGUGAAUAAUUGUGUGUUAGGUUUUUCGUGAAAUAAAAUUAAAGAUAUACAAUUCGGAGUUUAGAUCAAAAAAUUGUUCCCUGUAAAUAUUAAUAGCUAGCAUUUUUCAUUUAUCAAGACUUGAUAAACAUUACACAUAGUCGCUUGUUAUAUUUCAAUGACUUAUGAUAAAACAAUAUACAGUUCGAAGCGAUAUGUACAAUUUAAAUAGUUUGAGUUUGCUUUAUAUCUUAGGGAAAUAACUAAGAAAUAUGCGAUAAUUGCUAACGAGACAUUCGAAUAAAACAUUCUAAAAAUAACUUAUCUACUUCUUUGGUUUCAAGAUUAGAUUACACCCUGUAGUUUGAAUAAAUUAUAAAAUUAU